CUGGAAAUGAAAUCGCACUUGGCUCAAAAAGAUCGUUAGCCAGCCCGGAUUCCUCCUCACUCCUCUCGUUUUGCUCUUGCUCAGCUCACCCCUACUCUCCUUAUAGAACACCUGUCCUUGUGAGCACCUUUUUACCCCAUUGUCCCUACUGCUCGCUACUCGUGCACUCUUCGGCCCGACUACCAUUAUCUUGUGCUCGCCUCCCUCCCUAUCUCUUCCGAAGCGCGAUUAUUCUACUGCCGCCUAUCGAGCCACCCUUUUUAUUAAUAUCACGCACGCUGCCAGCAAACAAAAACUCGAGUUCUUGGCACUAUAAACAAUGCAGGUGGCCAGCCAUAAAGCCGCUUCGUCGUCAUCAAAAGCCUCGUCCGAGGACCCGCACGUCGGUGACUCGCGGCGGUACAGCGAGAGUGUAGCUGACAACGACAACGACAACGACAACGACAACGACGAUGACGACAACGAUAUUGAGGACGACAACGACAACGAUGAUCAGGACAAGAACACCGGCGACGCCGACGAGCAAGACGACAACGAGGCCAACAAGCAGCCGCGCCUGAUGCGGGCCUGCGACAACUGCCGACGCAAGAAGGUAAAGUGCGACGGGUCCAAGCCCUCGUGCUCGCACUGCACCCGCAUGAAGCUUGCCUGCCACUACAGCCCGCUGGUGCGCAAGAAGCGUGUCCGUCGAAGCAUCAUUGAGAAGCUAGAGGAGCGGCUCGAGUCGAUGGAGCAGAUGCUGCAGCCGCUGGUCGAGCGCCUGUCGCCGACAGACCCGGUCGUGGGCCCAAUCCAGAACCAGUUUGCGCCGGGCUUUGCUCCGUUCAUCCAGCCGCAGCAGCAGAUAUACAUUCCACAGCCUGGCGCCCAGGGUAUUCCGCGCGAGCCGUACUACCGCCAGCCGUCGUUUGGCCUGCAGCCGCCGGUGACUAUCCACCCGGCGUUCCAGCUGCCGCCGCCGCACAUUAUCGAGGAGAUGAUGGAGAUUGCGAUCACGCGGAUCACGCCGAUGGCUCCGCCGGUCUCGUGGGUGCGCCAGCUCAAGCGAUUCCACUCGGGGCAGCUCCCAGAGUUUACCAUUUGCGCGAUCAUUGCGCUGGCAGCGCGCUUCAGCAACCGCCCAGAGUUCAUGUGUACGCCCAAAUACAACGCGGGGCGCGAGUACGCAAAGCGCUCGGCCGAGCUCAUCUCCGGUCUCGUUGACAGGCCAGAUCCAGACGUCGUCGAGUGCCUGAUUAUGCUGUCGUUUUACGAAUGGGGCUGUGGCCGGGGCGAAUCAGCGUGGACCUACACUGGCAUGGCGACGCGACUCGCCCAGCGAUGCCGCCUGCAUCUGGUAGACGAAGAAGACUUUAACGAGAACGCCAGCAGCAACUCGCGCAGCUGGGCUGAUACAGAAUGGCGCCGACGGCUGUGGUGGCACGUGUACUGCAGCGACCGCAUCUCCAUUGUCGUGGCAUCGCGGCCAGCAACCGUGCACGACGACGACUGCGUGGUAAAUCUACCUAGCCACGACCACGACUGGAUAAUGGGCACAAUCCCGGACGAGGACAAGCAGCCUGCACAUAUCAACAUGGAGGAGACAUGGGUGCCAAACCAAUUCUCCACGCGCAUCCCCGACUGCUGGUGGAUGGCCAUUGAGAUGUACCGGAUUGGCGGGCGCAUUGCCGAGUUUGCGAAUCGCAGAAGGAGACCUGUGCGUCCGUCGGAUCUGUCCCGCCGCGCCACUUUCGAUGCACUCGACAAGGAGCUGGAGUCCAUCCGCGGGCGCUUCAUUCCGUACUUGGAGUUCCCGCCGCGUACGGAAUGGCUGCUCAGCGGCUACGCAAACCUGGGCGACGGUACUAACGGAAUGACCAACAUCUGCGCAAUUUACUUCAAUCUACACAUCAUGUACUACGGUGCCAAGAUCAUCCUGUAUCGCUCCGAAAUGCCGUCAUACGCCUACGAAAAGAUCAGCCCCGAGAUGAUUCAGCGAGCCAAAGCGGUGUGCAUUGAGGCAGCGCAUAAGCAAGCUGACGUUAUUCGCUGGGCAAUGGAGUCGGUUCCUGUCGAGUACUGGGACCCAAAAAUAGGAAUCUGGUCGCUUCAAGGAGCCUCCAUCCAUGUCAAUGCGGCAUUGUGCGACGAUAGCGCGAUUGCCGAGCAGUCGAGGCGCGACCUUGAAGUCCACCUGAAGAUGCAUGUGGCUGCCGACCAGUUCUAUCAUUUCAACAUGGCGAUGAUCACGAUGCUGCACCAUGUGUUUAACCUGCGCAAGAAACAGCGGCUGCUGACAGCCAACAAGGUCCAGCGGUAUCAGCGAGGAUGGCGACUCGGAGCUGCUGAUUGAGCACGAGAACGACCCGGACCCA